AUGCCUUCUCAACUUGCUUCAGAGUCUGAAGCCCUCAGCCCAAAGGCCACUGCUGAUGUUAAGCGACGUUCAACUAACUUCAAGCCUAGAAUUUGGGGUGAUUAUUUUCUGUCAUAUGCUUCCAUGGAAGCGGAUAUUACUAUUGAGCAACAGGUUCAACAGCUGAAGGAAGAGGUGAAGAGGAUGCUUGUGGAUAAUGUUAAAGACGGUUCCCAAAAACUAAGCUUGAUUGAUGACAUUCAACGCUUAGGCGUGUCCUACCAUUUCGAAAACGAGAUUUGUGAAAUCUUGCAACAAAUAUACAACAAUGACCACGUAUCCUAUAAUGAUCUUCAUCAGAAUAAUUCCGACCUUCAUGCAGUUUCUCUUCGUUUCAGAUUACUUAGACAACAAGGAUACAAUGCUUCGUGUGAGUAUUUCAGCAACUUGAAGGACAAUGAUGGGAAAUUCAAGGAAUCACUUGUCGAUGAUACAAAAGGACUACUAGGCUUGUACGAAGCAACACAUCUUCGGAUACACGGUGAUGAUAUACUUGAUGAGGCACUAACCUUCACUACAACUCAUCUCCAGUCUGCAACACGCCGCGGUUUGAGCUCCCCACUUUCAAAACAAGUUACUCAUUCCUUGAAUCAGCCAUUCUGGAAAAGGAUGCCAAGGAUAGAAGCGAGGCAUUACAUAUCUAUCUACCAAGAAGACAAAUAUUCUCAUAAUGAAACUCUCUUGAAUUUCGCACGGCUAGAUUUCAACCUACUGCAGCAACUCCAUCAAAAAGAACUAUGUGAACUUACAAGGUGGUGGAAGGAUUUAGACUUCGUGAAAAAGUUACCUUUCACAAGAAAUAGGCUGGUUGAGUGCUACUUCAUCGCCUUGGGUAUCUUCUUUGAGCCAGAAUAUUAUUUUGGUAGGAGGACAUUCUGCAAAGUUAUCUACAUGUUAUCCGCGAUUGAUGACAUCUAUGAUGUUCAUGGUACACUUGAAGAGCUCGAGCUCUUCCACGAAGCUAUUCAGAGGUGGGACAUCUCUGCCCUGGAUCAGUCGCCGGACUAUAUGAAAGUCUGUUUCCAGGCACAGUUGGAUGUCUUCACUGAAAUUGAAGAAAAGAUUACAAGCGAGGGAAACUUGUAUGCCAUUCACCAUGCAAGAGAAUCGUUGAAAAUGACCGUCGCUGGUUACAUGAAAGAAGCUAGAUGGUUUUACUCUAAAUACACCCCAACUUUUGAUGAAUACAUGCCGCUAGGAACACUUACAUCCUCAUAUUAUUUAUCAAUCACCGCUGUUGUUGGAAUGGGACUUGCUGCUACAAAAGACUCCUUGGAUUGGUUAUUCACUGACCCUGGAAUCUUAAAUGCUACAUCAGUCAUUGGCAGACUCUUAAACGACAUCAGGACGCAUCAGGUAAGAGAGCAUGUUGCUUCAGCCGUGGAAUUAUACAUGAAAGAACAUGGUGCUACAGAAGAAGAAGCCAUAGAGGAACUAACUAAUCAAGUGAAUGAUGCAUGGAAGGUUAUAAUCAAAGCUUGUCUCCACCCUACCCCAGUCUCAUUGCCGGUUCUAAUGCGACCUCUCAGAGUAGCAAGUACUUGGGAAGUUCUUUACAAGAGUGCAGAUUCAUACACGAGCCCUGGGGUUGAGUUGAAGGGAAUAGUGACUUCUCUGCUAAUCGAACCUGUGCCUAAUGCAUUAGCAUAA